AUGACGACGUAUGAAAAGAUUGUCAAGGGAGCGACUAAGCUCAAGGUCGCGGCUCCAAAACCGAAAUACAUAGAGCCCAUAUUGAUGGCAACGUCAACUGACCAUUCAAUAAUAUCAAAUGAUAACUUCAACACAAUAAUGAGGACAUUGCAACAUAGAUUACGUGAUAGUGCUUGGUCGGUAGUUUACAAAGCAUUGAUUGUUAUCCACUUGAUGAUCAGGGAAGGAGAUAAGGAUGUCACAUUAAAGUAUUUGGCUGACCAAGGACACUCAAUGUUGAAUUUGUCUCUGAGUAAUAUUUCUCAUGGCGGAGGUUCCGGUAAUACCGACGUACGGUUCAUUAUCAAGUAUUCCAAAUACUUGCACACAAGGGUGAAGCAGUAUGAUGCCACAGGGAUCGAUUAUGUACGAGAUGAACGGUCAAAUAACAGUACCUCUCAACAGGGCGGAAGAUUAAGAUUUCUCACCAUCGACAAGGGCUUGUUACGAGAGUGCGAAAGUGUUCAGAAACAGAUUGAUGCCUUGCUCAAGAAUAGCUUUAUGGAAAACGAUGUCAAUAAUGAAAUUGUCCUUACUGCGUUUCGUCUUUUGGUCAAUGACUUGCUUGCACUCUUUCAAGAAUUGAACGAAGGGGUUAUUAACAUUUUAGAGCACUAUUUUGAAAUGUCGAAAUAUGAUGCCGAGCGAUCCUUGAAGAUUUACAAAAAGUUUGUGGAUCAGACUAAAUUUGUCAUUGAUUAUUUAAGAGUAGCAAAGCACCUAGAGUACGCAACAAAGUUGCACGUUCCAACGAUAAAGCACGCACCUACAGCGUUGACAAGUUCUUUGGAGGAAUAUUUGGAUGAUCCAAACUUUGAAGUUAAUAGAAGACAGUACUUGGCUGAAAAAGAUGGUAAGAAGAACUUGAAUAACAACACUGCAAUUGCUAGCAAGGAGGCUCAGCAGCAGCAAAGCAACAACAACCUGAACAAUAAUGUCAGUUCUGGUUUUGGUAACAGCUCUAUAGGGCAGAGUAAUAGUGGUGGAGAUGUCAACAGACACGCAUCUUUAGUAGUCCAACAAACUUACAACCCGUGGAGUAACAUGUUUGUGCCAGGCCAAGCGCAAGGGUAUAUGCAAUCCCCACAACAGGUACAACAACAGGCACAGCUUCAAGCACAACAGCAGCAGGAGGCAUAUCAACAGCAAUUGCAAGCACAGCAACAAGCCCAACAACAGGCACAGCUUCAAGCACAACAGCAGCAAGAGGCAUACCAACAGCAAUUGCAAGCACAGCAACAAGCCCAACAACAGGCACAGCUUCAAGCACAACAGCAGCAAGAGGCAUACCAACAGCAAUUGCAAGCACAACAACAGGCGCAACAACAAGCACAGCUUCAAGCUCAGCAACAAGCACAACAACAGCUCCAAGCUCAACAUACCCAAUCUUUCCAACAAAACACGCUUCCAUCAAUUGCACAAGGCCAACAAUACCAAUCACCCAACUCCACCACGCAAUUUCAAUCUGCAUUUACUGGGUUUGGUUUUGGUGGAUAUGGUCCUACGACAAUCCAGCCUCAGAGCACAAACCCAUUUGCGCAAUCACAAUCACAAUCACAAUCACAAUCACAACAACCUGCCCCAAACCAAUAUACUCAACCACAAGGCAGCUUGACAAGAGCAGGUACAAAUCCAUUCUCAGUUAUGCAAACAGGUCACCAGACAAUUCCUUCAUCACAAUCGCAACCACAGAUCCUGUCACUAAUUGGACAACCGCCCCCACCUCCACAACAACAACAACAACAACAACAACAACAGCCCCAUAUACUUAAUCCUUUGCAACCACAGUCUACCAAUCCAUUUAUGCGCAUGGCAACCGGUCAACAACAACAACAGCAACAGCAACAGCAACAACAACAACAGCCAUUGGCUCCACAGUCCACCAAUCCGUUUGCUGCAUUCUCUGCUGGCUCAAAUCAACAAUCUUCUUUCAAUUCAUACCCCCAAAGCCAACAGCAAAGGGCAUUUAAUCCUGUUACCGAUAGUCUCAUUUAG